GUGCUCGAUCAUCUUUAACCAUAGCCCGCAGAGUUUUCCCCAUGAUGGGGCGAAAAUUUCGUUUAUAAUCUCUCAGCUGUCUGGUCGUGCCCUCGACUGGGCAGAAGCCAGGUUUACCUCUCCCUCGAGCUACGGUUGCACUUUUGAUGAGUUCCUUAAAGAAUUUAAACAAACCUUUAAUAGAGACCCUGAUAAAGCGGCGGAUUCGAGAGACUUGUUUAAGAUGCGUCAAGGACAGAAAACGGUAGCGGACUUCGCUAUCGACUUCCGAAUCAAAGCUGCCGCUUCAGAUUGGAACCCCUCCGCCCUAAAGGGGGCCUAUUUUAACGCCCUUAAUGAAUCGAUCAAAGACGAAUUGGCAGUUCUAGACGAACCCGACAGCCUUGACGAACUCAUAAGUUUAACAAUCCGACUCGACAAUCGAAUUCGAGCUAGAACCCGGGGAGGGGACCAGCAGGGUCGUCUAGUAAGAACCAUGAUGUUGGGCAGAUCAAUUAAUCCCGCAGCUUCUCCCCCGGAUACAUCAGAACCAGAACCCAUGCAGGUUGGCCACACGCGCCUCACGCCCGAAGAAAGACAGAGACGUGUCAAGUCAAAACUCUGUAUUUACUGUGGAGAGUCCGGGCAUUUCGUCGCUAACUGCCCAGUGCGGGGAAACGCCGGGGUCCGCCGUUAGAAGCGAGGGAGCUGGCGGACCAUUUAAUUAAAGAAAACAAUCCUCGUCUACUGUUACCGGCUGCAUUGCUGGUUAAUAAUCAGACCGUUACGCUAUCCACCAUGAUCGACUCAGGCUGUGAACUGAGUCUGAUCGAUUCGAGUUUAGUCAAGCAAAUGGCCAUAGAAACAAUCCAGCUCCCCACUCCACUCCGGGUUUCCGCGUUGGACGGCAAGUCACUACCACAGAUAAUUCAUCAAACUAAACCAUUGAACUUGCUUGUCUCCGGCAAUCACAGAGAAACAAUCUCGUUUUACGUUUUCCCUGCGGCCAGCUCACCAAUUGUUCUGGGUUUCGACUGGUUGCUAACUCACAACCCACAAAUCAACUGGACAGAGAGAAAGAUCGAGUCUUGGUCUGUAAACUGUCAUUCUACCUGUCUCCUCUCAGCCAUCCCCCCAGGUCAUCCACCAGCAAAUCCGCAGGAAGCGGAUCCACCAGAUCUCUCCUCCAUCCCGGCAGAUUACCACGACCUGGCCCCGGUAUUCAGUAAGUCAAAGGCACUUUCACUACCUCCUCACCGACCGUAUGAUUGCGCCAUUGAGCUCCUCCCAGGGGCGCCUUUGCCCAAUAGUCAGUUAUACAACAUCUCCCGACCUGAAAGAGAGACAUUAGAGAGGUACAUAAAAGAGUCUCUAGAAGCCGGCAUCAUUCGCCCCUCCUCAUCACCAUUAGGUGCCGGUUUCUUCUUUGUGGGGAAAAAGGACGGGACCCUCCGUCCAUGUAUUGAUUUUCGAGGGCUCAACCAUAUAACUGUUAAGAACAAGUAUCCUCUUCCCCUCCUGUCAUCGGCUUUUGAGCCAGUUCACGGAGCCACUGUGUUUACUAAAUUAGACCUAAGGAAUGCAUAUCAUCUCCUCCGCAUACGUGAGGGAGAUGAGUGGAAAACGGCAUUUAAGACCCCCUUAGGUCAGUUUGAGUACCUGGUCAUGCCUUUCGUCCUGUCCAACGCUCCUGCUUAUUUUCAGGCUCUCAUUAACGACGUCCUCAGAGAUUUUUUGAACGUUUUCGUCUUUGUGUACUUAGACGACAUCCUGAUCUAUUCCAGAAAUCUUCUGGAACACAAGAAACACGUCCGUCUCGUUCUCCAGCGCCUCCUAGAGAACAAGCUCUUUGUAAAAGCCGAGAAAUGCGAGUUCCAUAAAUCCUCUGUCACUUUCUUAGGCUAUAUUCUCGAGGGCGGGCAGGUAAAACCCACUGAGGGGAAGAUCAAAGCAGUACUGGAAAGGCCCACCCCUGUGACCCGGAGACAGUUGCAGAGGUUCCUGGGUUUUGCCAAUUUCUAUCGCAGAUUCAUAAGAAAUUACAGUCAGGUCGCUCAACCACUAACAGCCCUUACUUCCGUCAAGACUCAUUUCACCUGGACUCCUGAAGCAGAUGCAGCUUUCAAUCAUCUUAAAUCAAUGUUCGCCAAUGCACCCAUCCUGAUUCAACCAGAUCCAGCAAAACAGUUUAUAUUGGAAGUGGACGCAUCAGAUUCUGGCGUUGGGGCUGUUCUCUCACAAUUCUCAGAUCUGGACCAUAAAACUCAUCCCUGUGCUUUUUUUUUCCCGCAGAUUGUCCUCUGCGGAAAGAAACUAUGAUGUUGGUGACCGGGAGCUGCUGGCCAUUAAGUUGGCUCUCGAGGAGUGGCGGCACUGGUUAGAGGGCGCUGCCCAUCCAGUUUUGGUCUGGACAGAUCAUAAGAACCUCGCAUACAUCCAGGCUGCUAAGAGACUCAAUCCCCGCCAGUCCCGUUGGUCCCUGUUCUUUUCACGCUUUAACCUGUCAGUCUCCUACCGUCCUGGUGCUCACAAUACUAAGCCAGAUGCAUUAUCUAGGUUGUACUCCGUAAAUGAUGCUGAAAAGACUCCGGUCACCAUCCUCCCUCCUAGCUGUACCAUAGCCUCGGUUACCUGGGAGAUAGAGGACCUUAUUCGGCGGGCUCAGGAGUUUGAGCCUGACCCGGGUACCGGUCCAGCCAAUAAGAUCUAUGUUCCCACUACAGUCAGAAGUCGUUUUAUCAACUGGAUGCAUACCGCCAAAUUCUCAGCUCACCCCGGGAUUAGUCGGACCAUUGCGCUAAUUUCCCGUAGGUUUUGGUGGCCGUCUGUCCAUAAGGAUGUAAAGGAGUACGUCCUAGCCUGUCCGGUCUGCGCUCGAAACAAGUCAUCCCAUUUACCACCAUCCGGUCUUUUGCACCAACUGCCUAUCCCAAAGCGUCCCUGGUCACACAUUGCCCUCGAUUUCAUUACCGGACUGCCUAAUUCGAAGGGUAUGACCACCAUUUGCACCAUCGUUGACCGUUUCUCGAAGUCGUGUCAUUUAGUUCCGUUAAAGAAACUUCCAUCGGCCUUUCAGACCGCACAGCUCCUGGUGAGACAUGUCUUCCGUCUUCAUGGCAUUCCACAAGAUAUCUUGUCUGAUCGAGGCCCGCAGUUUACCGCUCAAGUCUGGAAGCAGUUCUGUACUGCGCUAAAUGCUAAGGUUUCUUUGACUUCAGGUUAUCAUCCUCAGUCGAACGGACAGACGGAACGCCUGAAUCAGGAACUGGAAUCCACUCUCCGAUGCCUCUCUUCGACUAAUCCUCUGGACUGGAGCAAGUACCUCACAUGGGUGGAGUAUGCACAUAAUUCGCACAUUUCUGCCGCCACUGGUCUCUCUCCUUUUGAGAUCUCGUUAGGUUACCAACCUCCACUGUUCCCCGCUGACGAAAAGGACAUCUCAGUCACCUCGGUCCAACAUCAUGUUCGCCGCUGUCGAAACAUCUGGAACCAGGCAGUUUCCGCACUAAAUCGGACAGCUCAACAGAACCGUCAUUUUGCGGAUCAGAGGAGGAGACCUGCUCCACUGUACACUCCCGGACAGAGGGUUUGGUUGGCCACCAAAGACAUUUCAUUGAAGGCCAUGUCGAAGAAACUGUCCCCUCGUUUCAUUGGCCCCUAUGUUAUAGAAAAGAUUAUCAACCCAUCUGCUGUCCGCCUCCGUCUGCCUGCCU